CCACGGCGUAUUUAGUUGGAGGAUGAGGGACCAGGAAAGGGACGUGGCGGAGGUUACCGCCUCUUCCUAGCCCACGAGGUUGAGUGGGCGCAGUUCGUGAGGGCGCAGUAACAUAUUCACCGUUGGUCGUGCCACACUCUUGCGGCAGACCCCACAGUGAGGUUCCAUUAGAGUUUUGCAGGCUAACGCGCCCUGCGUAAGCUGCGCGUGGAAUGAAAUCAGGCAAGCAGAACGGAGCGCAGAAACUGGAAACCAGGAGUGACACGCCGAAAGGCUACGCGUUGAGAGGACAGAGGACUUAUAAUCGCUAAUUGGCAAAACUCCUUGAUCCUUCCAAUAUGUAGCCUCCGGGCGCCACCCGUCUGUACCUGUACUUCAGGUUGGAUCAUAAUCUGUCAGCAUUUCUGCUAUGGAAAAUGUUUCAGCUCUGAGGUCUCUUACUGUUUCUUCGACUCUGCCGCAUCCAGAUGCGAUCCAUCUGUUUCCAUCAUACAACUUCAAGUUAUCGGAAAUGUUUUAUUUUUGCAACCUCUCAGAAACAAGGCCCCUUGGUGAUUGGCCUGAAUGCUUCGCCUCCAUACUUUAUCCUGUUUCAUCCUGUUCUCACGACCUACGGUGCUUGCCUCGAUCCUAAUGUCUUUCCAUUGGGCAAGAAUCACGAUUUGGAGAGUAAAACAGAGGACUGAAAGGUCUGGUGAGCCAUCGGCAAUGUGAUCGACAGUCCAAGUGAUUGUGUAUUUAAUGGGUAGAAACUUCCUUUUCACCAUCAAAAUCAACACAAUAUCCAAUUUCAAGCCAGAAAGGUCUUCCAUCGUUUACUGUUUUAUCUCUCAAGUUUCUUCACCAGCCACUCGUCAGUCAUGAAGACCUUCACGAAUCAAGCUUUGGCAGUAUUUGCUAUUUCAUCCCUCGUUCAAGCUCAUCCUCAAGGGGGCUUUCAUUCCACUAGUGCCAACCCGGCUUUGGUGACAAAGCGAAAACUGUACAAUCUCGAUCAGAUCAGUGACCAGGACCAAAAAGACAAACUUACACAGGGCCUCAAGGAUGCUGUCACAAUUGCAGCCAAAGUACUUGAAAAGAUGGAUGAUAGCGCCCACGAAAGCAAGUGGGAGUAUUGGUUUGGACCAAAGUCCGACUCAGAGAGCCGCGAGAAAAUUCGAAAUGUCUUCAAGAACUUCGUGGGGGACAACAAAGAUGGGACUGGGGCGGACAUAAAUGGGGAUGUUCUUGUCUUUCCUGACGACUACUGGACUCCCUCCAAAAAGGAAAUUGGAGAUGGAAAUACAGACGGAAAUACUCCUUUCUGUUCUAUCGACAUAAAUGGCAAAACAGGCACUGCUUACUACAAGCCGACUCAGGAUAAAAAACCCGGAAUGCACUACUGCGACAAGGUUUGGGACAGAAAGAAUCUGAAGACUUUGUUAGAGGACAACUGCAAAGCGCUAGGCAACCACAUCAGUACUGUUCUCUGGACAAAGCAAUUCAUCGGAGCUAAUGUUCUUCAUGAAUUCAUGCACUAUCCUAAAGUCGGCAAAAAGGCAGUGGAUGAGCUUAUCAGAGACUACAAAUACGAUGCUUGGCAGUGUCGCUACAUGUCUAGCAACUCUGAUAAGUCCCCCAUCGAUAUGAAAGGUAGAAAAUGGGAAGAGUUGACUAUUGUCAACGCAGACACUUAUGUGUGGUAUGCUCUGGAUAUCGCUUUUGAGGAGCUUUGCCAAAAGAAAUUCUCAGGGCCUCGCAGUGAAAAGGACGACGACCAGACCAACCAAGACUGGCCAGACGAAAACAUCCCGGGAGAAAAGUAGGAU